AUGGAGUCUAGCCUUCCCUUUCGCACAUGGAUGCAGGAUCUCAUGUUAUGGACUAUUUGCACGGAUAUGGAACCACACCAGCAGUGUGCAGCGAUCAUUAGUCAACUGGGUGGGUCAGCUAGAGAGUUGGCGAGGACGAUCACACCUCAAGAGGUGUACCAUGGCGGUGUGAUCAAUGGCCGCCAACUUGAUCCGGUGAGUUACCUGUUGCACGGGCUUUCCACGCGAUUCGCACCAUUGGACGAGGAGACACGAUUGCGUGCAGCACAGGACUUGUUGGCCUUUGGCAGGCGGCAUGGUGAGACAGUGGAUGCUCUGGUCUCGCGUUUUGAGAUCACUCGUCAGAGGGCGCGCACAGAAGGAGGAGGUGCGCUCAGUGUCGAGACGGCGUCCUUGUUGCUUCUCCGAGCUUGCGGCGUGAACUCGGAACAAUUUCAAGCAUUGACGCAGCCCUUUGGCCUGAGGAUGCCAAGUACUGAACAGGAGUAUGCCCAGAUGUGCCACCAUCUACGCCGCAUGGGGCACAUCGUUGAGCGGCAUCCGAACAACAUAGCAUCCGGGCUUCGAGGGCACUCUUCUGCUCACCAAUCUUUUCUUGCUGAAGCCGACACUGGCUCUUCCGGGACGGGCGAGCAGGCUACAUACGAUUGGCCAUCAGCAGGCAUGGGCGCUUGGUCUUCAGCCGAGUCAACUGAUUGGGCCUUUGCUGCUAUGCAAGUAGAAGGUGCGUCAGACACCGACACGGGCACCUCAUCUGACAACGAUGAGCCUAUGGAUGUCAGCGACCUUCAAGGUAUGAGCACCUCGGCCGUGGACGAAUAUUUGUUCGGUGAGUACCAGAACGCUAAGCGUAAGGGCAAGGGCAAGGGCAAACAGAGGAGUUACGUGAACCUCAACGAGCUCUUCCAGCAGUCUGCUUACUUCAAGGGCCUAAUGCCCCAGCAGGUGAUCAAGCUCAGGCUUCAGGUGCCAGUACCAGUGCGCAGCCAAGCCGAUCAGGUCUAUGGCUUCAUCCUUUACUCGGGUAGCGCCCUCCACAUCUUCUGCACCCCACGGUCCUAG